UUUUCAUUUUCUCUCCGCUUUAAAGCUCUCUCCUUUUUAGGGCAGUUGGAAUUCGCUCCUCUCCUUCUCCGAUUCCCAAGUUCCAUGGUUUCUGGUUGAAUUGCGGGGUGGAAAUCUAGGGUUUGGGAUUGACAAAGCGGGGAAAAUGCCGGCGACGGACUUCCAGGGAUCAUCGUCACCGUCGUUGUUCGGAAGGUCGAUCAUGAACCUCAGGCGAGACCAGGUCCACUCGAUGGACAACCACCAUGAGCCGGAAUCCAGCCAGGAGCACGCGCUCGAGGCGUUCCAGCGCUUAGUUGCUGAUCUCUUCCAAGACCUUGCCGGCGGGGAGGAGCUGCUGUCACUUCCAUGGGUGUGCAAGCUUCUGGAAGCCUUCUUGCUAUGCCAAGAAGAGUUCCGGGUGGUUUUCUUCAGCAAUCGAGCCAUCGUCGGCCGUGCUCCCGUCGACCGCCUCGCCACCGACUUCUUUGACCGUAGUGUCAAGGCCCUUGAUGUCUGCAACGCGAUCCGCGAUGGGAUCGAGCAGGUGAGGCAGUGGCAUAAGCACCUCGACAUCGUCACCCUCGCGUUUGACCCUACCCAGAAGACCAUCGGUGAGGGCCAGGUUCGCCGUGCCAAGAAAGCCCUCGUGGAUCUCGCCAUCGGGAUGCUUGAUGAAAAGGACACUGCUUCUUCGCUUGCUCAACGCAAUCGCUCCUUCAGCCGUAGCCAUGGCGCGAACAAAGACCACCGCCGUGCUGAAUGCCACUUCCGCUCACUCUCUUGGUGCGUGUCUCGCUCCUGGUCUGCGUCGCGGCAGCUCCAGGCUAUUGGGAACAACCUGUCCGCGCCUCGCGGGCACGAUGUUGUGGCGACGAAUGGGCUCGCCGUCCCUGUGUACACGAUGAACUCGGUGCUUCUCUUUGUGAUGUGGGCACUCGUGGCGGCGAUCCCCUGCCAGGACCGUGGCCUCCAGACGCAUUUUAGCAUUCCAAGAACCUUCCCAUGGGCAGCUCCUAUACUUUUACUCCAUGAGAGGAUUUUAGAGGAGUCCAAGAAGAGGGAGAGGCGUAAUUCCUAUGGACUUCUGACGGAGAUUCAUCAGAUGGAGAAGCAUGUGAGGAGAUUGUCGGAGUUAACAGAGAACAUCCAGUUUCCUCUCGCUGAAGAGAAGGAGACAGAUGUUAGGAACGCGGUGCGGGAGUUGUCUCUUGUGAGGGAGGCCAUGAAGGGGCAGCUAGACUUGCUGGAGGACCAGGUUCGGCAGGUGUUCCAUCGGAUUGUACGCGGCCGAACAGAUGGGCUGGAUUGUCUCUCACACUACCCGGUGUAGUUUGUGUAGCUUGACUUUGUCUGAGAUGUCGUAAAAAUGGCAGUUUUGCCGAAAUGUAGAAUCAGUAUAGUUGCGUUUCGAUUUUGUGGGAUGAACAUUGUUGCAAGGGAAGGCAAGGAAGGAUGAGGAGAACAAGCUGGUAAUAAAUUCUCCUUCCUGCAAAUAAGGCUAAGAAGGUAAUUAUUUUUAAUAUCGUUUGUGAUACAUUCUGUAUAAAAGUUUGGGAUUGAACGUUCUAUUGUUUCUUUUGCUGUGUUCCAUUUUUUCUCUGUGCAUCAUUUUGUUCAUUAUUGUAGCCAUUGUGUCAUCCCAAGUUGUUGUCUUUGAUGCUGCUUGUGUUAGGAAUUACCAUGUUGAAUUCUUUUUGUAUUGAUUGCACAUUUGUGAAUAUGUGGAAUUUUUUGUGGAUUCAAUUGUAAGAGGAUAAGUACACAGUUUA